AUGCACAACCAUAGCCCCGAAAGACUACUUCCUCGCCUACAGGACCAGCGCACGCACGACUAUCCGUACGAAAAAGUCAGAAUCAGACAACGGCAAACCUUAGCCCACCUCCUGAAUGCUCUUAACGAGCUCAAUCAGUCGGAAUUCCGUACACAAGAUUUAAAUCAAAAUUCAAACUUGGAGGAUGAUGGGGGUGCUUCCGCUCUAGACGAGCAGAUUCAAAAUGAGGGCGCAGAAUCGUUCAACAAAUUCCAGAGGCGGAUUAACAAUCUCGAUCAAGAGCUCCGUAACUUUGCCAAUGCUGCUCGCCAACUCGGGUCCUCCGUUGGCAUCCUUUCUACUGCCUUUCGCCUCCGUGAAUGUCUCGCCAAUAUACUAUUCCUCUUCCGAGAAAAUGCUGCAGAUCUUUUCCCCAGGAAGGUUUCAAGGCAGCCGAAGGAAACCCUCGUAAAUCCGAAUUUAAUGAAGAAGAGACGAAUGCGGAGAAAGGGGAAAAAGUGGACCAACUUAGAGCCAUGCGAACCGGAGCGUCCCGGUGUUUCCUGGACGUUCGCGACGCCUUCCGUACGCCACGAUAAAAUCACCGCUCCUCCGUUUUGGGAUUCCACUCUCGAUGCUCAGUAUUUCCCGGAGCAUCUGGAAGUCUUCGCAACCGACGUGAUUGCCUUCCUUAAUCGUUUAAACGAAUUUCCGGAAUUUACGGACGAAGCAGUGAGCACCUCGAUCAAAGCAUUUGAAGGUGAUUUGAAGUAUUGGGCAUGUUGUCUUCGAACAUACCGAGGUCAAUUUAAGUACUCGGCCGUCCAACGAUAUAUCCACGAUCUAGCUUCCGAAAUGGGAGGUCACAUAGAUAGGAUUACGAACACACUCCGCAUGUUCAUCGAAGUUGGCGUCCCCACCAUUCGUUAUGCCCAAAAUCAUGCAGCGUCUAAUCUUCUAACGCUCUCUACUGUUGCAACCUUCUUCAGUGGUGUUACUGCUACUAUUCUUCAAAAUUCCUAUGAUUCCACCUCGACUAUGUUAGGAAGGGGUGUGAAUGCAUUUUGGUUUUCGAGUCUUGUACUUAGCAUCGCAGCGGCCGUUAAUAGCCUUAUAGGUCUGAGUUGGAGGAUGGCGAUGUAUCGUUCGCCUGGCCAUCGCGUGCCAUGGUGGGUUUUCAUAUGGAUUCAUCGUUCACCGUUGGUCUUCCUUGUCAUGUCUGUCGCAUGCUUCUCUGUCGGGCUUGUGCUUUUCACGUACGCAACCAAUCAGGGAAAAAUCACAUCCAUAAUAACGACAGUUUUUACUGCGUUCACAUCGUUUGGGCUGGCUGCUGUUUCUGCUUGGUUCGCAAGUGAGAGAUGGACAUUCUUGAAGUAUAGGGGACAGAAGUGGCUUGCCGAUGUUCUAGGAGAAGCCUGGGAAGACACGGUUGAAUUUUGGGCAGGAGUGAUGGAAGCGCCGCCUUUCCUAUGGAGUAAUGGCUGGGCCACAGCAGGGUGCGGAACAGACUUGGGGGUCCAACGAACUCGACACAACGACAGGGCCGCAAGUCUUCCGGAUACCAUUCCCACGUUUGGCUUGAUUGCGGAAACAAGUGAUUCUAGUACCUCUGCGCCAUCCAGUUCGGCGCCACUGUUACUACGAUCCGGACCUCCAAGCUCAUCAAAGAUUAACCGCAUCGACAUGCGAAGUUCAUUCGACGCUGCCGAUGCCAACUCGUGGACCGGUUCCUCUCACGGGCACGCUUCGUCUAACGCGAAUAUUGGUACAGAACUGCUGAACAAAUCCAGCGGAGCACCACCAAAUACUCCCAUUACUCCCCGGGAGCGUUUCGUGCAGGCGGUUCGCUCUGUUAUAAUGCUUCAAAAAUCUCCCCUUUUCACCAACCCGAGCACGCACGACUUCUUUGGAACCGCCCGCGUCCACUGCCCUGACAGGGACCUUAGUAGACAAGGCUCAGAAGGCGGUGUUAGCGAGAUGAUCAGAGGCUCUCGCCUCACUAAUUUAAUCCCGAAGCUCAAGACUCUCCAGCUGACAGAAGAUCUGUUGGCCCACUCUGGUCUUGUUCGUUGUCUUCAGUUUUCGCCCAACGGAAAAUUCUUGGCUACCACCAGUUGGGAUCGGACAUCGGCCAUAUUUAGAGUUUGGCCGCAGUUCGAGGGUCAUCGGGUACUUGCUCAUGUACAAGGUUUUGUCAGCCAGAUUGCUUGGUCACCCUCUGGCGAUCUUCUGUUAACGAAAUUUAAUCGAGUUGUCAAAGUGUGGACUGAGGAGGGGGCUUGUCGUAGGUCAAUCAACCGGAAGGCCUCUAUACAGGCUGUCACAUGGCUGCCCAGUGGUGAUGCAUUCAUGUCUGUAGAAGGUAACAAGGUUAUCAAACUUGAUCUCAGUGGAAAAGUGUUAGACAAAUACACUUUCAACCGUGUCCUGAUUCACGACCUUGCUGUCACGCCGGACUCUCUUCGCCUUCUGUGUGCCGGUCCAAUUUUGUCAUCACCCGAAGGACUACAGCCAAGCAAAUCGAGGGUAGAGAAGCAACUACUAGUCUACAACAUGCAAACGAAACAGAUCGAAAAUCAAACCCCUGUACUGCAUGAUGUGAAGGACAUCACGUUGUCCCGGGAUGGCCGAUUCGUGUUGAUUUCGUACGAAAAGGCGCCUCCACAACUCUGGACACUGGAAAUGGUGAAGGACCGGACCGUCAAUAUGAUUACGACUGCACGCCUAGUGCUUCGGCAUGCAUACGUACCGAAGACGCUGGUUGACUUCGCAGGACAUGGCUAUUUCGGGGGGAAGGACGAUCAACUCGUGCUCUGCGCUGGUAAAGCCGGGGAUAUUUACAUAUGGGACAGGGACUCCGCAAUUCUCCUCCACAAUAUCCAUGGUCAAGCGCUUGGCGGCGAUCUGACUUGUCUGGCUUGGAACCGGGCGGUCGAAAAUGUCUUUAUGUUUGCCACUGGCAGUCACGACGGUGCCGUGCGUGUGUGGACCACGCCACCCGAACGCGGUCGUGCUCCUACCGCGUUGUACACGCCACCCCUCUUGACGAGGGCCCCUUCACUGAUCCCCGGUCAUGAGCAACAGGGAGAGAAGACCCCAAGCAAUACCAGAAUGGGCGGCAUCACGGCUCGACCGCUCUGUGUGAGCCCUGAACCUCAAGAUGUCAUAGCAACACCCCUGGCCCCGUGA